AUGGCGCUCCUCAAUCCCAUCUACGCCUUUAUCGUGCCCUUCCUCAUCGUCACCACCAUCCCUCUGGCCAUCUUCGCCGGCAUCACCACCACAUUCGCCUUCUCCGUCCUCAUCUUCCGCGUCUUCGUCGUCUACCUCGACAUUGCGCUCUCCCUGGUCUCGCAAUCCCUGUCCCAUCUCACCGAGAGCGCCACAAAGGCUCACCUGCGACCUCCGAGAACUCCGUCAUCCUCGUCGUCUGUUCACAGCCGCAACAACAGCGUCAGCCCUUCGGCCUCGUCCACCUUGCUCAAGAGGCAUCGCCGCCGCAGACCCAGUUCCUCCGUCUACUCGGCCGGGUCCGUGACUCCCGCCAGCGACAUUGGGCUGGGCCUCAUUCCCAGCGUCGGCGCCGAGAGAGAUUUUGAAGGUGUCGGUGGAUGGCGGCUGGGCGACGACGACGAAGCUUGGACAACCAUCAACUCGCGCUCCGAGCUUCCCGACCGCUUGCAUGAUCGCAAUCACCGGCGCACCUUGUCUGGAGGCCCAACCGGCGCGGCAGACGGCGGGUUUCUCAUGAUGAAAGGCCGCGCUCGUAGCCCCGAGAAGAGGAUGGUGUCAACGGCCUCUCCCAACAGUUCAAAGGCUCGGGCGCCCUCAGCUCCGCGCUUGGGAAUGCCUGGCUCCAACCAGACUGACAGCUACUUUCCCAUGACGAUGUCUUCCAAAGCAAUCAAGAGGAACCUUCUUUAA